AUGGCAUCCCAAGAGCACCCAAAUUGGCUGAAGGCCCUCCUCGCCGACGCAAAGCCGCCCCCAAAGCUAUUCGCAUGGUCUCCCGCCAAUAUCCAGCCAAAGCUCGAUGAGGGUAUUGACAUGGGAAGCUCCAGCAGCGAUGAAGAAUCCGACAAUGCCUCCUGUGCCAGUCCUUCAGCAGACUCUGACCAGCGUAUUUACAUCAUUGGCCCUGGCAAUAUUGGUCGACUGUACGCAACUCACAUGGCUCGUCAUCCCAAUGCACUUCCCAUCACGCUCGUCGUACAUCGAAAGGAACUGCUUUCUCAGUGGGCAGCAUGUGAAGGUGUCGGUCUCGCUGACCUAACCAGCGGCAAACUCUUCCUCAACAAACGCUUCACUGUUGAAUGGUGGACCGAAACGAGACCUCACAACGGUCCAGUCAAGGAAGUUGCAGACGGGAAGAAGCUUCACAAUGUCUUCAUCUCUACAAAGGCAGAGGCUGGACUAUCUGAAGCAGACCGUAUUCGCCGGUACCUUGGUCGAUGCAGCUCAGUUGUCUUUGCGCAGAACGGCGUCUGCAAGCUCUGGCCUCCCCACGGUCCUUUAUACAUCUCACAUCGAUACCCGAGCGGUGACACUCCUACAUUCUCCGCGUGUGUCGUGAGUCAUGGGGUUGCAUCAGCAGGUCCUUUCUUGAGCAUCCAUGCGGCUCCAGCUGACGCAUACAUCGGACCUGUGUUUUGGGCAUCUGAUCGCGACUCGCUGCGGAGGCAACCAUUAGAGGACUUCUUUAUCCGGCAUAUUGCCUCGACGCCGCUUGUGAACACAAAGAAGGUGUCAUCCGGGGAGAUUUGGCUCCUUCAGUUGGAGAAGUUGGUCAUGAAUGCGGCGAUCAAUCCACUUACGGCUUUACUGCGCUGCAAGACCGGAGAACUGUUCACAUCCUAUGACUCUGAUGAUCCUUUGGCAAGGGUGAUUGACAAGCUCCUCUGGCAAGCAAGCGCUGUUAUCCAAGGGCUUGUUGAUCACGACACGAGUGGCAGUGUUAUCACGUCCUACGCUGAACAGACAUCACGACUUGGGACUAGCUCCAGCGUCCCCAAGAUCCGAAAGAAGUUGAUGGAAAGGUUUUCACAGCCAGUCUUGAGAGCAAAGCUUUAUGCAUUUGGUCUCAAGAUAUUUGAGCAUCGCAGUUCUAUGCUACAGGAUAUAGAAGCUGGAAGGAAGACUGAGAUACGAGACUUCAAUGGUUGGAUUGUAGACAUGGCUUGCUUUCUAGGGACGGAUCUGGAUGUUAGCGUGCACAGAGGCUUAAUUGAGUUAGUUGAGCAGUGUGAGAGCUUGGAUAAGGUGGAGUUAGGUAGAGCAUUGCUGUAA